AUGAACAUUGCCCAAACUGUUCCUGCUACAGUCUCGAGCAUUUCCUUCUCUUUUCUCUCUGCGGACGAUGUCCGACGCAUCUCUGUCCAGAAGAUCGUUAAUCCCGUACUUCUCGACGACCUGAACCGUCCCACUAUUGGCGGUCUCUACGAUCCUGCUCUUGGACCUAGUGACAGAUCAGACAUUUGUGCAACAUGCCGGCUAACAUAUUUCACCUGCCCUGGGCACUUUGGUCACAUAGAACUACCGGCACCCGUGUUCCAUCCGCUAUUCAUGACAAACAUGUAUCAUUUGCUCCGCGGUGUGUGUCUGUUUUGCCAUAGGUUCAAGGUCGACCGGUCGGUGCUCUGUCUCUACGUUGCGAAGUUGCGCCUUUUGGAGCAUGGACUCCUUGUCGCUGCUGAGACUUUGAACGAUUUCUAUGUUCAGACUGAGAAAAAGGACAAGAAGUCGAAGCAGGGAGAGCCCGAUGACGAGGACGCUGAGUUUCACGAAAGUUACGAGGCAUUUGAGCAGAGGGUCAACACCUAUGUUGCGCUCCAAUUUGCAGCUGCGUCCACGAGCAAACGAGAUGCGUACAAGGAUGGGCUCGUUUACAAGGCGCGCAAGGCCCUGAUCUCCGACUUCUUGAAGGUGGUCACGCAGAAGAGAUGCAGGAACCCCAAAUGCGGCGCUCACGCCUACACUUUCCGCAAGGAGGGGUACACCAAGGUCAUCGAAUACGACUUGUCCGGAAAGCAGAAACAAGCUCAUGAAGCUAUGGGUUUGAAAAGACCAAAUGUUCUCUUUGAUCAAAAGGUGAGGGCCGCCCCAAACGAGAAUUCUAACGCAAACGACGGCGCAGACGACUCCAGUCAAGAUUCAGAAUCAGAGGAUGACGGCGAGGACGUUUUCUCAGAGCACAAUGAAGAUGAGGCUGAGUCUGCGGCGGCAGCCAAGAACUUACCCAAAUCGGCCAGUGGGAAGGUGAAGGGCAAACGAGGGCGCAAUGAGCGUGUUAUGCCACCUGAAGAGUGUCGUGCCCAUUUGCGACGUCUGUUUGCAAAUGAAUCCGUGGUGUGUUCGCUGCUCUUUGGUCGACAUGGUCCUUUCGCCCCUCUGGGCAAGCACAAUUUGUCGUAUGCUUCCGCCGACAUGUUCUUUCUGGAUGUUGUGCCAGUUAGCCCAACGCGCUUCCGACCCCCGGCGAAGAUGGGUGAAAUGCUCUUCGAACACCCGCAGAACGAGCUUUUAUCCAGAAUCAUCAAUACUUCAUAUCGACUACGUGACCUAAAUGACAGCGUACGGGCCGCUUCGCUGAAGGGUUCAGAGGUCGAUGAUGAUACCAGACGGAGACUGUUGCAGUCACUUCUUGACGCUCUCAUACAGCUGCAAAUCGAUGUGAACAGCUUCAUCGAUAGUAGCAAGAACCCAGCCCCGAUGCGACAAGGCAGACUUCCGCCAGCAGGUGUGAAGCAGGGACUUGAAAAGAAAGAAGGCUUGUUCCGCAAGCACAUGAUGGGAAAACGAGUCAACUAUGCUGCUCGAUCCGUCAUCUCUCCUGAUGUCAAUAUUGAACCCAACGAGAUCGGUAUCCCACCUGUAUUUGCUCGCAAGUUGACAUUCCCUGAACCCGUCACACCCUUCAAUUUCCACGAGCUGCGGCAGUUGGUCAUCAAUGGUACCAGAAACUAUCCCGGUGCUUCCAUGGUAGAGUUCGAGGAUGGCCAUUUGCAGUACCUCGACAAGCUCAGUGUUGAACAGCGCACUGCAAUUGCGAACCAACUUCUUACGCUGCAGGAAGGCGACCACGGUUCCGCACGCUCUGGCCUUUAUACCCGCACUACAGCCAUAAAUAAGAAAGUGUAUCGGCAUCUGCGUGACGGUGAUAUCUUGAUAUUGAACCGUCAGCCGACGUUGCACAAGCCGAGUAUGAUGGCCCACAAAGCUCGCGUGUUACAAGGAGAGAAGACCAUUCGAAUGCACUACGCCAACUGCAAUUCGUACAAUGCUGACUUCGAUGGUGAUGAGAUGAACAUCCAUUUUCCACAGAACCAAGUUGCACGCUCCGAGGCAAUGUACAUUGCCAACACAGAUAAUCAGUAUCUGGUGCCAACGUCUGGGAAACCUCUGCGAGGUUUAAUUCAGGAUCAUGUUGUGGCUGGUGUCUGGAUGACCGCGCAAGACUCGUUCUUCACACGUGAAGAGUACUUCCAGCUGUUAUAUGGAGCGCUUCGCCCGGAAGAUGACUCUGGCCAUCACAGUGGCCGCCUAGUCACCUUGCCGCCAACCAUAUGGAAACCGAAAGCUCUGUGGACAGGAAAGCAAAUUAUCUCUACAGUCAUGAAAAACAUCACGCCCAGUAAUUUUGAAGGUCUGAACCUGCACUCACAAGCGAAGGUGCCCGGUUACCUGUGGGGAAAGGAUACCCAAGAAGACAAGGUCAUCUUCAUGGACGGUGAGCUCCUUUCCGGAGUUCUUGAUAAGUCAGCAUUCGGCGCCACGGAUUUUGGGCUGGUGCAUUCUGUGUACGAACUGUACGGAUCAGAUAUCGCGGGGAAGCUGCUUGGCAUUCUCAGUCGUCUGUUCACCAAGUUCUUGCAGCACCGGGCGUUCACGUGUCGGAUAGAUGACUUGGCUUUGACGCCUGAAGGUAACGCGAAGCGCACGGCGCUACUACAAAAGGGGGCUGGACUUGGUACUGAAGGUGCAAUCGACAACUUCCCUUCUCUCAGCACGGUCGACGAAGAUGAGAAGCUCAUGGUGCUUCGUUCCCUCUUGGAGGACGUGUCACGAGACGAUAGCAAGAUGGCUGGGCUUGAUAUGACUGUCAAGGGCAAGCUAGCCAAGUUGACCAAAUCGAUUGCCGACGCUUGCAUGCCCAACGGUCUGUUGCGCCGAUUCCCGCAUAACCAUAUGCAAGCUAUGACACUUUCUGGUGCAAAGGGUAGCGCCGUCAAUGCUCAACAGAUAUCUUGUGCGCUGGGCCAGCAAGAGUUGGAAGGUCGUCGAGUCCCUGUCAUGGUCAGCGGGAAGACUUUGCCAUCUUUCAAACCCUUCGAGACCAAAGCUAUUGCUGGCGGUUACGUGGCAAGCCGUUUCCUCACAGGAGUUAAACCUCAGGAGUUCUUCUUCCACUGCAUGGCCGGCCGAGAAGGCCUCAUCGAUACUGCUGUCAAGACCUCACGUUCAGGUUAUCUCCAGCGGUGUCUCAUCAAACAUCUGGAAGGUAUCCGCGUUCAUUACGACAACACUGUGCGAGGAAGUGAUUCUUCCAUUUAUCAAUUUCACUAUGGCGGUGAUGGGCUCGAUGUGACGAAACAGAAGCACCUGCUACAAUUCGAGUUCAUUGCACGCAAUGAGAUCUCGUUUGUCAAUCGUUACAAGCCAAGAGCACUCCACGGUGUCGUGUCGGAGGAAGCGGUGGAGUACAUGAAGACGAUCUUGAAGCAGAAGAAGAAGUCUCCGGAUGAGAGUUACCAGCCAACUCUCUCUCGUUUCAAUCCAAGUCGGCAUAUUGGUAGUACCUCGGAAAAGUUCGCUGAGAAGGUCGAGGAAUACAUCAAGAAGAACCCUCACGGCCUCCUGAGGAAGAAAGGACAGGACGACGCGCCAAUUCAAAGGCGGAAACAUCCGGUCUCCUCAAAGCACUUUAGACUGCUGAUGAAUGUUAAAUACAUGCGCAGUCUCGUGGAACCCGGGGAAGCGGUUGGCCUUCUUGCUUCACAAGGUGUUGGUGAGCCGUCAACGCAGAUGACGUUGAAUACCUUCCACUUCGCUGGCCACGGUGCUGCGAACGUGACUCUGGGUAUACCACGGUUGAGAGAAAUCGUAAUGUCAGCUUCCACAAAGCCAAAGACACCGUCGAUGACCAUGUUGGUUCGUCCGGGAGUGCCCGAGUCAGACGUUGACGAAUUCUGCAAGAAAGCUAGUCGACUUGCACUUUCUCAUGUUGUGGACAAGGCCAUCGUCAAGGAGCGCCUCAUGGGAGAAGGCAACGCCAGGAGCAAGGAAUUCAUGAUCGAACUCCUGUUCUAUCCGAAAGCGCAGUAUCAAGCGGUGUAUGACGUUGAAACCGCAGAAGUCAUGGAAGCAUUCGGCACCAGAUUCCCGAUGAUACUCAGGAAGGAGUUGCAAGUGGAGAUGAAGAAGUUGGAUGCUGACUUAAAGGGCCAGAUAUCGGGGCUGGGCAAAGGGAAAAUGGUGCGAGAGCGUCCUGGCAAUGCGGGCGGGGUCGACGCCGAGGCUGAAGGAGAUAAUGAGGCUGAAGACAGCGCUAAGGGGAAGAAAGAUGACGAUGAGAACAGCGAAGUAGGAGAUGGCGAUGCAUCGGCGGCGAAACGGCUGCGUCAGACAAAAGAGCAAGCUACAUAUGAAGAUGAUGAUGAAGAUGAAGAACCUGUGCUCGGCGAAUUCGAUAAUGAGGAAAUCGAAGCAGCCUAUGCACGUGAAGCCAGCGGCGAGGAAGACGGAGACAACGAUCCAGAGUCUACAACGGAAAAGCCACAGACUGUUGAGGAGUUGUUCAUGCAUAACUUCCCUAAUGCGACAUCCUUCCAGUUCAAUGAGAAGGGUUGUACGAUCGGACUCUCGUUCUCAGCGACCAUGCCAAAGCUGCUACUCGUUGGCAUCGUGGAGAAAACAUGUGUUAAAACUGUUAUACGUGAAAUUCCUGGGAUCACUGACUGUUUCAAGAGCAAAGAGGACGGAAAGAACGGGGAAACACUGUACAAGCUUACGACGAACGGAUCAAAUCUCUCUGGUCUGUGGCAAUUCGCUUGCAGCGAUGUUGAGAGCAUGAUUGAUGAAGACGGCAUCUAUUCUAACGACAUCCAUGCGAUUAUGUAUGCGUAUGGAGUGGAGGCAGCGCGUGCAACUAUUUUGCGGGAGAUCGCGGGCGUGUUUGCGGUGUACAAAAUUGACGUUGAUGUUCGCCAUCUUGAGCUUAUUGCUGAUUACAUGACGUUCGACGGCGGAUACAAGCCCUUCAACCGCAAGGGUAUCUCGACCAAUCCUUCACCUCUUCUGAAGGCAUCGUAUGAAACAACGGCCGCGUUCCUGUCCGAUGCCACCCUUCAUGGUGACUUCGAUGACUUGACCACACCCUCCGGCAACAUCGUGAUAGGUCGACUCAACUCGUCAGGGACGGGUGUUUUCGACGUUGUGACGCCAGUAAAUGCAUGA